AUGGCUGCUGCCCUAGACAUUUUCAAGCGCGAACUGCAACACUUUCAGUCUCUUGGCCGGCACUUUCAGGUCGUCAGCACCAUCCGCCAUCCCAAUAGCGGCGCCUCCGUCUUCAGCCGGCCGCAGCCCCCUGACGUGUCCUCACAAUUCCCGCUCAAACGUUUGGUCGUGCUAGACUCGUCCUUUAACCCUCCAACAAUAGCACACCAGUGGCUUGCCACCAGCGCCCUUCGUGAUGUCUGGAGAAAGGAGGGACUACGACCAGCCGAGUCACGGCUCCUGCUCCUGCUCGCCGUCAAUAAUGCCGACAAAGGGGUGAAGCCGGCCGCUUUUGAGCAUCGCCUGACCAUGAUGGCUGCAUUUGCUAGAGAUCUGCUUCGUUCAUCGGAGCAAACAGAGUCUAGCAUCGACAAGUCGCCUUUGCCUUCAGAUGGUGGAAGUAGCACAUUGAAAGGUCAACCGAGUGUCGAUUCAGCUGAGGAUUUGGCCAUCGAUAUCGCCCUGACCACGUUCCCCUACUUUCAUGACAAAAGCGCCGCCAUUGCUUCUUCCGAAUUCUAUAGUGGACAUGGUGUAGAAUCCCCGGAACAGCUAUUUCUUGCGGGAUUUGACACGCUGAUCCGCAUCUUCAAUCCAAAGUACUACAAACCGCCCGUUCCAGAGGAGGGGAUUUAUGAUGCACAUGAGACGCCCAUGCAGUCGGCUCUGGACCCGUUCCUUGGCCGCGCAAGACUUAGAAUAACGAUGCGGACAGACGAUGACUGGGGAGGAAAGGAUGAACAACUAGCCUAUGUGGACAGCAUGCUGCAUGGCGAUGAGUUGGAGAAUGUCGGUGGUCGCAAGGAAUGGGCAAGCAGAGUAGAGCUUGUGGAAGGCAUACAAGCCGACGAGGGGGCCGUGAGCAGCACACUUGCCCGGAAUGCCGCGAAGCAGGAGGACUGGAAGGCUCUGAGGUCGUCUGUAUCAGAGCCCGUGGCUACCUACAUUCAGAGUCAAGGGCUGUAUUCCGAAAGCUCGUGA